GCGCAGUUCCGCGUGAAGUUGAGGACGCUCACAAGCUGCAAUAUCGUGCUUGCGUUUACCUGCGCCUUUAAGAGAGCGUCUAUAAUAAGUAGUGGAAACAUAAUCCGCACAGUUGAAGAACCCCCUCUCUCGCUCUCGCUCUCUCUCUCUCUCUCUCUCUCUCUCUCUCUCUCUCUCUCUCUCUCGCUCUCUUUCGUUUCCAGUCGAUUGUCACCACAGGCGCAUAACGGAAACCGUUAGACCUUACCGUGUUUAACAGUUUUCAAGGUUAACCUUGUUGAUACCUCCUCUUUCGCCUCAGUUUUCUUGAAACACUAACGGCACUGUCUCUUUAAGAAGGAUUACUCGCCGACCUCCUGUCCAAGUUUUCCCCCAAAAGCGACUACUUCUCUUCUGUCUCUCCUGCUGUUACGUUGGAAAGUUGAAGAAGUUUAACCAUGGCAGAGAUAGGGAAAGUGGUCAGCCCAGGAAAACUGGCCAGUAAUAUGCAGAAGAGGAUAACCCGAGCGCAAGAGAAGGUGAUGCAAAAGUUGGGUAAGGCUGAUGAAACCAAAGACAUGGCCUUUGAGGAGGUGGUGGCAAACUUUAACAAGCAGCUGGCUGACGGCACCAAACUCCAGAGAGACUUGAAGGCAUAUUUGGUAGCCGUCAAUACGAUGCACGAGUGUUCGAAGCGUCUGCAUGACUGUCUGGCCGACAUUUACGACCCCGAGUGGUUUGGCAAAGAAGAGGUCGACUCCCUCGUGGAGGACACUGACAUCCUGUGGCAAGAUUUUCACCAGAAGCUUGCUGAUAAUGCCGUCAUUUCUAUGGAUACAUACUUGGCUCAGUUUCCAGAUAUAAAGGCUCGCAUGGCGAAGCGUGAGAGAAAGCUGGUGGACUUCGACAGUGCCAGGCAUCACUUUGCUUCUAUACAGAAAGCCAAGAAAAAAGAUGAGGCCAAAAUUGCCAAGCCAUUGGCUCUGGUGGAGAAAGCGGCUCCUGUGUGGGCUCAGGGAAUAAUCACAGCGCAUCAAAUCGCUCAAACUAACCUCUCGAGAAACCAGGCUGAGGAAGAUUUGGGGAGAGCCCAGAAGGUCUUUGAAGAGAUCAACUAUGAGCUUCAGGAAGAGCUUCCCACCCUGUGGAACAGUCGUGUUGGCUUGUAUGUUAACACAUUCCAGAGCGUUGCUGGCCUGGAAGAGAAAUUUCACAGGGACAUGAGCAAACUGAACCAGAAUCUGAGCGACAUUAUGACCAAACUGGACGAGCAGCGUCAGGCCAAAAAAGGUGUUAAAGCAGCCAGCAUUGGGACAAGUGAAGUGGCAACCAAUCACAAUCUCUCAGAGUCUGGGACAGACAUCAAUACAUCUCCAUCAGAGUCCAGAGAAGCACCGCCUGCUCCACGGCCCCCCAGACCGACCUCGUGUCAGGAGGUGAAACUGGACAACGUCACUAUCGUGUUAGAGGAGACAGUGGUUGCUGAUAUUAACAUUACAACCCCUUCACAGGAGGCUUCAUGGGAUUCAUGGGAGCCCGAUCAGACUCCAGCUGCAGAUUUAUCUCAGCAGUGGGACUGGGAUGAUGAGAACAGGCAGCCGUACGAGGCUCCUAACUGGGACGACGAUGUUGCUCCUGCCGUGCAGCCCAACUGGGAUGAGCAGGGCGGCGUGUCGGGGCAGUCAGGGUGGGACAAUGAAACAUCAGAGGUGGACGGAGGUGUGGAGCUCUGGGGCGAGGAAGGGUCCCAGGUAGGGCAAGGGCAGGACGCAGAUGCGAACUGGGACAGUGGUACUGCUCAGGCUUGGGAGUCGGAGACUACUCCGCCUCAGUGGGAGGAGCCUCAGAGUAAUGAAGUUCCAACAGUGACAAAUGGCUCCUCGGAUGCCGAGCUGCCUCCCUCUGUUCUGUACAAGGUGAAAGUGAUGCAUGACUAUGGAGCAACAGACAAGGAUGAACUCGAUCUGAAGGCUGGUGACAUUGUGUAUGUGAUUCCCUUCCCCAAUCCAGAUGAGCAGGAUGACGGCUGGUUAAUGGGCGUAAAAGAGUCACAUUGGCUACAGAAUAAAAACCUGCUAGCCAAAGGCGUCUUCCCGGAAAACUUCACCCAGAAAGUGUAAGCGGAACAACCAUCUCGAUGAAUCUCCUCACCCUCUACGAAACAAACGCUGUGAUCGUCUUGCUUUAUUUUCUCAUGGUUUUUAUAAGACACCUUUCAAAAUAAGGGCUUCUCGAUCAAAUAUGAUGAAAAAUUGCAGUUCCUUUUAGAAUGGAAAACAGUAAAAGGUGUUUGGAGCAACAUGUUAUUUCACACUUCAUGGUCAUUUGUUUGAAAGAACUUUUUCUUGCACUGCAUGUGAAGUGCUGUCCUGGUAUCUUUGACUCUUCUGUAAUAUUCAGUGUCACACAAUGCAAUUUCAUUAUAUUUGUAUUGUUUAUUUUGUUUUAUCUGCAGGUAUAAGACACCAAAGAUUAGAAAAUGUAAUUAUUACUAUGGGGCAAACCACUAACCAAUAAGUUUGUUUGGACGUUUUAUCUUUUCGAGGCAUGCUUUAUUUCAGUGGUUCUCAAACUGGGGGCCGUCAGGGGGGAUCCAGGGGGGCCACAGAUUUUGUGGCAUUUUAUGAAAUAUAGAAAUUUAUCAUAGAUUUUAUGCAAUCAAAUGUCAGAAAAAUGACACCACCAACCAAAAGAAUUGAGGUUCCAGCAUUGUAUAACUGAAUGUUUUUGGUUUAAUUAAAAUUCUAAGUUUAAGAUUAUACGUCUUUAUAUGGUGGGCCGCAAAGCGAUGCACUUAACACAAAGGGGCCUUACAACGAAAAAGUUUGAGAACCAUUGCUUUAUUUAUUUUGAAACUGGAGAAGAUUGAUUUUCUGCUGUUACAAAUAUAUAAAAACAUUUCCAAUUAACAGAUUAAAAUGAGAUCUUGGUAAUGAUCUGGAAAAUGCAUUAUGAUAAACUGAGCCCUGACGUCAGUCUAAUGUUAUCUCUGAUAAAUAUACUGGUAAGCUGAAAAGCUGCUUUUGCCAAAAGAGUGUUCAAUCUCGAUUAGAGGUGAUCUUUUUUAUUUACAAAUAUGAUGCUGCUAAUUUGUCUAUUGUCAGAUCUGAUACUGUCACUCUGUGCUUUUCAAAUCUAGAUCUUGUCUACGUCACUCCCUCUCAUCUGUUCACAUAUUACAGCUGUCAUUUUCUGAUUCAUCUCAAAGUUCUUCAUUUAAAUCUGUUUUGAAUAUCGAAAUACUUUCUUGCACUCUUUCAAUGACAAAAGAGAUUUGUAUGAGAAUGGGAAGGUGUGAGGGGGAGGAUUUUCUUUGAAUGACAGAUUGCAGACAUUCUUUACGUUUUACAAAAGAUAACUAAUCGAUUACCUCAAGGAAGAUGUUUUUACACUGUUUCUUUUGACAUCAUGCAACUGCAGCUCUUGUGACUGUUAAAUAUGACAUAUUUAUUAUGUUCUUUCAUAUGACCUACCCCUUACAGGCAUUAUUGAAAUAUUAGAGAGUUUUGUUUAUUUAAAAAAUGCAAUAUGUGAAGAUUCAAAAUGUACCACAGGAACUACAAAGGAUUUUUUAAGACGGGGGAAAUUAUGUCCUGUGGCAUUAUGGUUGGGAUGCCCUGUCUUAGCGUGCUGUAACUGUCUGGCACCCCUUGAGAAGCAUUAAAAUGAUUUUGAACAUCUAAUGUCCUCUCGUUCAGUAAUGUACCUUUUGAUAAAAUCACAUAUGAGGUUCUAUAGCUAAAGAUUAUUUGUUGUUCAUAUCCAUAUACUGUAAUAUUAGUGAUGACUCUGAAGACGUUGUUGUGUUGUUUUACAAAGUGUUGUCAUUGUGUUUGUUUACCUGAUGUGAAGCACUUUGAGAAAGCAACUUUUAAUGGCGCUAUAUGAAAUAAAUGUAUUAUUAUUAUUUAUUGCCAAAAGUCCAAACUCGAGUUUGCCCUUUAUCCAGCUCCCCAAGUCUCCACAGCUGUCGAGAAGAUGCUGAAAAAAGAAGAGAAAAAAGCGUUAUUAGCUUGGUCUAUGAUCUUCAAACAUAAUUUUCCCCCUACCAAUUGUAAUAACAAAAAUGUAUGUUAGAAACAUACGUCUAUAUUUUUCGAAAAUUGGUUCAAGAAUGGAAUCAAUCGGGUCAGUCAGUUAUUUAAUUAGGAUGGCUACUUAUCAAGAAUUUCUCUUCCAAUACAAUAUUCCUGUUUCUCCAAAACAGUUUGCUGUGGUUUUUUGUGCUAUUCCUAACGGUGUCGUUAUGUUAUUUAAGGGCAGUAAUAGAGGUUUGAGUUCUGAAAUGUCUCUUCCAGCAGGGGUGCAGAUGGGAUUUUUUAACUGGGGGGGACCAAGCUGUCAGCCAAUGAUUUCAACUCAGUUAUUUUGCGUAAUUUGGGCUUUAACUAGUGCUCAAGUAGUAACUUUGCGUAAAUUGGGCUAAUGGUUUGCACUAAAAAGCCAUUGGAGGAUUCUUAUUUGAAAUCAUGGAUAAACAACAACGAACAAAGGCCUACCUAUCAACACUAGCAAUGCAUGAUUUGUCUAGUAUGCUUAUCACCACCAAAACUUCAUGCCUUCUGCAAAAUAUGUUUUAUUUGAACAUUUAAACAUAAAU